UCUCAUUCGGUUUUGCUAUUCUGACUUGGACGGAGUUGGUGUUUUGCGAACCACAAUUUUUGUGAAAAUAAUUACUGUGAAAAUUUUUUUAGUCACACAGUCGGAAAGCAGGGAACGCGGGAGAAAGCUGUUGGAAAUUUUAAAACAAAAAAGCCUAACUAAGAAUUAUGAAGAAAUAAUUGUUUCAAGUGGUUACAAAUCAGACAAAAAUUAGCAAAGUGUCGAAGGACUAGACGGUGCAACGCCCUUUUGUGUACCCACAAAUCAACUGAGAAGUGCAAACAUACUGAUUUGGCCGACACUUGACACAGAUUAACUGUGCAGGAGAACUGAAAAUCGAUUUUUUCGUCGGAAAAUUCGGGUCUAGUGAUACCAAGUGAAUAUUAUUUGAUUUUUUUCUUACUAACUCUAAAGAAAUUUUGCUGAAAACUCGAAUUUAAUAUUGUGACAGGUGCAUUUCUACUUGCAGCUUCACUUAACUGCCCAAGUACUAUAAUAAUAUUUUGAAAUAAUCUUUUCUACCUAAAAACACUUGAGUUUGUUUCAAUUUAAAUUUUCACUUCGAGUGUUCGUUGAGGUUUUAUAAAUAAUUUUCAACAAAGUUUCCAAGUAAACCACAACAACGGAGCCAAUACUAAAAUUUCAAUUGCUACUAGACGUACCGGACGAGUCCGCCUAUACAACUGGGCGGCAUUCACGUCCCAAAAAAACCACUCCGCAUCGGUAGCCGUACAGCAUUGAAAUACGCCACACAAGCGUUAUGUCAAUUAACUGUCAAGUUAGCAACAUCAAUUGAAUAUAGCUCCGGAAUCAAUGGCGUACCUAAUCAAUAUACUUAAAUUUAAUGUGAAAUAUUUAAAAAGUAAUUAAUAACCAUCAUAUAUAUCUAUAUAUAAACCCACAAUAAUAAUUGUAACGAAUUGUUCUCUGGCGCACAAAGUAAAAUCAGUAAAAAAUAAUAAAUCCCUACCAAAAAAAAAAAAUUAUAAUAAAAAAUAAUAAUAACAAUUAAACAUGCAAUAAACGAAAAUAGAAACCUAUUCCCCAAUACGGAUCAAUAAACAAUUACCUUAAUAGCCAACGAUAAGCCAAAGCCAAAUAGGAAGAUAAAGCAAUUUGUAAUUAGAAAAAAGGCAAACACAAAAAACCCCAGCCGGAGGUACCGACAUUAUCGAUCGCCCUAGCUUAAAUAGCGCAUACAAGUGUGUAUGUAUCUACAUUACCAAUUGUAAUUCAGUCACUGCGUACCAGUGUCGCUGUGCGAGCUUUAAAUUUUUGUUUUCGGAAACCUUUUGCCCAUUUCUCUUUCCUUCUGCCGCUGUACACAUUUACGCUCAACGAAUAGUGCAUCUGUCAAAAGUGGCCAAUUGGGGCAAAGCGUCCAAUUAUACAAUGGAAAAAUCUGAACAAUUUUCAGAUUAUCUCUUUGCGAAAAUGGGCCCGCCCAGUAGUACAACUGUUAAUGGCACCGAACUGCCACCGAAGACCACGGAACGUAGCGGUGCACCACGUGAACUCACCGGCUACCGGAAAUGGUUGCGGGAGAAUCUCAUGUUGCUGGUGACGCUGUCGGGUGUAUUGUUGGGAGUCAUUUUCGGUUUUUCGUUGCGGCCCUUAAAUUUACAUGAGGAUUCCAUUAUGCUGAUUUCCUAUCCGGGCGAACUCUUCAUGCGCGUCUUAAAGCUUAUGAUUUUACCGUUAAUAAUUUCAAGCUUGAUCGCCGGUUCGGCUAGUUUAAAUGCACGCAUGAACGGUAAAAUUGCAUUGCGCACUUUGGUGUACUUCGUGACGACUUCGUUCUUGAAUGCGCUGCUCGGCAUUGCCUUGGUGCUGCUAAUCCAUCCCGGUGAUCCUAAUCUACAUAAUACCGCCGAUCGUUCUACUGAUAAAAGGGCUGUCAAUCUACUGGAUAGUCUUUUGGAUUUGGGAAGAAACGUUUUCCCGGACAAUCUCUUUCAAGCAUCGUUUCAACAAGCGCACACUGUUUAUCUUCCCAAACCAAGUAUUUUGCAUACAUUCAAUGAGACACUUAAUGACACCGCGAUCGGCACCGAUUUCGAACCGACCGAAGAGAUACAAGCACAACAACAACAAGGCGGGGACGUACUCGAACCGGCGCUCAUACGUGUGGUGCAAUAUCGCAGCGGCACCAACACGCUCGGCAUCGUCUUCUUCUGCCUAGUCUUCGGCACCAUAUUGGGCACGAUCGGCGAAAAGGGGCAAAUUGUGGUGGAUUUCUUUACUGCCGUCUUUGAGGUCAUUAUGAAGAUGGUCACCUGCGUCAUGUGGCUAACACCCAUCGGCAUUAGUUCAGUGAUAGCUGGCAAGAUUUUGGGCGUCAACGAUCUGCAUUUAGUCAUGGAGCAGCUGAUGUGGUUUAUACUCACCAAUCUGAUUGGCGUAUGCCUAUAUCAAUUCAUUAUAAUGCAGGGGAUUUAUUUUGUAUUCGUGCGACGGAAUCCAUUCAAAUUCUAUGCCGGACUUAUACAGCCCAUGCUGACCGCUUUUGCGACAGCCUCAACUGCUGCUGCUCUACCGAUCACAUUUCGUUGCAUGAACGACAAGUUGCGAGUGGAUCAGCGCAUCAGCCGUUUUGUGCUACCGAUCGGCUGUAACAUCAAUAUGGAUGGCACGGCACUCUUCAUUUCGAUCGCCUCGAUCUUUAUCGCCCAGAUGAGUGGCAUACCGUUGGGUUUUGGUGAACUGGUCACGGUUUUAUUGACUUCGACUGCGGCUUCUAUGAGUUCGGCUAGUGUUCCGAGUGCUGCUCUGGUUCUGCUGCUUGUGGUCCUUACUGCCAUCGAUGCUCCGGUACAAGAUGUUACUCUCCUCUUUGCUGUCGAUUGGUUUGUAGAUCGGAUGCGCACCACAAACAACAUGCUGGGCGAUUGUUAUGCCGCUGCCGUCGUUGAAGAGCUAUCACGAAAAGAACUAAUGGCACUGGAUGCCGCCAUACUCUAUCAGGAAGUGCCAGUUGGUACGCCAAACGGAAAUGCCUUGCUCGAAGGGCAAACAGAGUUGGAUAGCAAGUGCUCGAUGACCGAUUCGGUGGUCAUCGAUAUUAAUAAUGUGAUAAACAGCAGUAAUUUGCAGAAGGAGAAUACUGGCUAUCGCGCCUAAAGCUAUAAUAUUUAUUCGAAAAUUCACGCACUCACGAGUAUGUAGGCGCACGAGCACUCUCAUUUACCCAACAUUUACACUACGCAAGGAAAUAAUUUUUAAGUAUGAAAGCAUAUAAAUUCUUUUCAUGAAUUAGUGUUUGUAAUUUAACGGGAUUUACCCAUAUUAUAAAAUACAAGUGUAUUUGAAUUAGUUUAUAGUUAUAUUUUAAAUAUUUUUGGCAUACUUUUCAUGCUUCCAAUUAACUUUUUGCCUUGAAAACGUUUCUCGUAAGAACCCAUUCCUAGGUGACAUUAAAUUAACUGAUGAAGGGUGGUUCACAGAGUGUAGAUUGUUUCCCUUAAUUAUAUUGUUUUACGUUUCAAUUGAUUAUCGGAUUUUCAGAAUAAAUGUUAACUUUUUUCGAUUUUUCGUAAAAGGCCCUUAGAGAAGCAAUUUUAAAGACUUUCGGUCUAAACAAGCAAUUUUAUAUCGGCCUGGUACUUGAGAAAAAUGCUUUUUGAAAAGAAAACUCUUUUUAUAGAACUUCAAGUUGAUUAGUGGCUUUGGAAUAAUGUGACGGUAUCUUGAUCUGUCUUCUGAAUAAUGUGAUUCGAUCGCUAUUUCUCUCCUCGCCAUCUUUGCUUCUGCUAUUUACUCAAAAUAUUCUCAUGAAAACAGUAACAAUAUUAUUAAUACUACCGAUUUAAUUCGAGAUAAAAGCGUCAACGGAUAAUGUAAAACGUGGUACCAAAUUUUAUUUCCAUAUUUUCGAAAAGCCUAAAGAAGUAUUUCUCUUCCAAAUAAAAAAGUUAGAAAUCAUAUUUUUCCAAGUGCUGCCAGUUUGUUUAAAAAACUGGUAUCGUCUAUCCGUUUCGCUGCUAUCCAACGCUUGGAGAAUCGAAGACAGAUCUUCGACACCUUAUUCAGACAAAAGUCGGGCAAUGUUGCCAUUGUUUUUAUAUUUAUUUAAUUUCUCUUUAAGGAGAUUAUAUCAGCUGACUUUCGUCCAAACUUUCUUGCCUAAAAAACUGCAAAAUCCAAAAAUAUAUUUUACCUAAAGGAAGAGUAAAUUAGAAGAAAAUGCAGAAACUAUAUGAACCACCCUUUAUACACUUACAUAAAAGUAUUAAACCAAAUAGAUAUAUAAACAUUCAGAAAUCAAUACAAAUACACAAACCAAAUCAAGUGAUCAGAUCAGCAUUCAUCAAGUAUUGACAUAAACAAUAAAACAAACAAUGGAUAACAGGAAAAUAAAUUAACAUCAAAUCCUAUAAUGUAUAUACAUAACGGAUGUAGCAAACAUGUAUUAGAUAUUACAUAACGUACUUACAUAAUUUAUGGCAUACAUAUAAAUAUAUAUAUUAUACGAUGUGAUUUAAACACCACAUUUAGUAUUUAACAAAAACAAAAGCAACAAAAUGUUGUCCAAAACUAGAACUGUUCUGAUAACACCUACAUAUGUACAUAUAUGUACUAUAUAUGCCGAUGUUUACAUACUGUUAUGCUAGCAUUUAUGUAUAAUAUGUAUGUCUGUAUACACCCCAGCGUGACAUUUAGCGUUGCAUCCGUAAAUAAUAGAGACUGUCAAUUUUUAAAAAACGUUGCAAAAUUUUUUGAAAUUUAUAUGUAUGUAUCUAUGUGCAUAAGCUAAUUGUGAGCCCACCAAUUGAUACGAUAUUUUUGUUUCUCAAAAUAAUUUACCAACAAUUUUACACAACAACAAAAAAUGUUCCCAAUAUACUUAUACAGUAAAAAGUGAGUAGAGUAAACCAAAGUAGCCAGCAAAUGUUUACAAAAGUUCAUAAUUAUAAUAUACCGACUUACUAGCAAACUGGAAAAGGAAAAAUAAAAUAAAAUAAUAGAAAUAUAAAUAUAAAAUAUUGUAAUAAUAAAUAGAUAAUAUAAAAUGUCGAGCAAAGUUUUUAGCAAAAGCCACUUAUGUACAUAUAUGAUUUUAAGCAAAUCUAUAAAUAAUUUUUGUUUUGGUUUUUCUUAAUUUAGCGCAUAAAAAUGUAUUUUUAUUACUUUCGAGCGAAACAAUAUUUGUACAUAUCUGUAUAUUUAUGAAAUUCGUAAGAUUUUAAAAAUAUGUAUUCAAGCACCAUAGACUAUACCCACUUACAUAUGUACGUAAACAUAUACUAUAUACACACCUAUAUUCAGGUUUUAGUAGAAAGGGCGCUACAAUGUUGACGAGGAUAUGUGGUAAUGAUGGAGAAGCCUAUUGUGUAUCUCAGUAACGUUUGUGAUGUUUUGAUAUAAAAGUUAUUAUAAUAAAUUCACUGAAACAAUUUUA